GCCAACUUGAAUGCUCCAUGAACCAAGAGGGCCCCGAAAGUUCAGAAGCAAUGGGCCUCGUGCUACCCGUGACACCCAAACCGGCAGAGGACUCGGAAACAAUCCAUUGCCCCGCCGGAAGCUUGUCAGCGGAUGCUCCGUAGACGUCCACGGACGGAGCCGAACUUUCACGACCCGCCCGGAACGCCACCGACGCUCCUGAACUGACCACCUUGGACGACUGACUGUGGCAGCACCAAUACAUGCGAUGGAGCAGCCCAGCCAGGCAUCUCGUACGGGUGAGUCUGGGAUGACAUCGGAUCCGGGAGCGAACAAUGGCUCCGUGACGGCUCCUGCGCCGACCAGCAGCGCCUUUGGUGCCAGCGGCACAUCAAGCUCCACUCCGCGACCACACUACGUGCCUCAGUUCUCGGCGGCCACACAGAUGAUACUGCAGCGCAUAGGCAAGCCCGGAAGUUUCAGCUCGGCCUUGUCCUCUGCCUCAGCACUCUCCCGGGAUAUCGAGCCAUCAGCGUUUCAAGAUGCUAAGCGACGGCUCGUUAUGAACAUGAACACAUCCCUGACGAUGCCCCUACCGACUCCCCCAAAGUCCCAGCAGGAGACAGCCGCUAGCUUGCCUAUGAAUGAUGCCUUCCAGCUGCGCACCCCUUCUCUCGGUAAAGCUGCGGCCAUCAAGACGACCACGGCCCGGACCUUACCACUCCCGAAGCCACCUCCUCCUGAGGGCCCUGAAGCAGCCAGCCCUGUCAGAACGACGCCAGAUAGAACACCACGGACGUCGCAGAAACGUAAGCGGGCCAAGAAAGAGGGCAGCAUGGAAUCCCCUAGCAUUCUCAGUGUUUCCCAGAAUGGAACCCCCACGACAAGCAGCAAGCCCCUAGAAGCCUCACCACUAGCAACCACGACCAAGUCUGGACGCCAGAUCCUGAAGCCUACCACGUACAACCCAGCGACGGUCGCAGCUGCGCAGGUCGCAGCUACACAGCAGAACCAGUCGAAACGAAAGCACUGGGGAAAACGAACUGCGGAGCAGGCUCUGUGCAAAGUGUGUACAAGGGGUCUCAGUCCGUUCAAGAAUCAGGUGGUCUUCUGUGAUGGAUGCAAUCUGUGCUGGCAUCAGCUCUGCCACGACCCGUACAUCGACGACGAAUUCGUUAGCGACGAAUCCCGAUCAUGGUUUUGUAGCAAAUGCAUGGCGAAAAGAGAGAGGCAUUUGGCCAAGAAGAAGACGGUAGAUGGGUUUCGAGGCACCAGUUGGGCAGCAAAGACUGCAGAUCAGCGCCGGACAUAUCUAAACAGUUUACCAGCGACACAGCUCGUCAACUUGGUCAUGUACAGCCUUGAGCUUCAUCCCGAUCUACCCAUAUUUCCGCCAAACGAUAAUGGCAAGCGCGGUUCGACAGUACUUGCAUCACAAAUCACAAAUGGGCGCAGCACACCGUCAGACAUGAGCCCAAAGGCCCCCACUCAAUACUCGCGAAAAUUCUCAACACCAGAUAAUGGAAAGACAAAUGGAAAACUAUCCGGCGCAGCCACCGAAUCGUUCCACACACUACAGGCCACCAGGGAGUCGUCUACAGACUCUGUGCCUCCAUCAUGGCCAAAGUCAGGACAAGGCUGCUUGUCUAACAUGGAACUUCUGGAGGACGACUUCCAUGACAAGAACGAUUUUGAGGCGUUCAGCCUCACCACAUAUGACGGCAAAGGGCGCAAGCUUGCCGAGAAUGGAAUUCCAGUCCAGCGUGGUGGCGGUACAGAAUUGCCGUCAUGAUGACCGGCUGAGGAUGGCUGUAUCAUUACUACCACUUGCUACAUGUAUUGUUGCUCCAUGGCUAAAUAUAGAAUACAACAAACAUCACGGUCGACAAAUAAUAAUAUUAAAGGAAUCCCCGCACUCUGGCGCAUCAAGGGGCAAAGUUGAAGACACUGGCUUCUUGGGGCCCAUGACUCGUGAAAUCCUUGGGUACAGCCGAAGCACCUUUGGGAAGGAC